AGAGGCAAUUCCCGCACCGCAGCGUUUUCGUUCCCCCCUUUUUCAUCUUGACCUCGUCUUCCUCCAACGGCCGAAAGGGUGGCGUUCUUGAGUUCGUUCUUGAGCGGCUCGAGUCUGCGGCGAGAUCGAGGGAGAUCAAGGGAAAUCAUAGAACAGUCAUUUCAGAAGGUUCGCGAACCCCUCCGACCUCGCCUCCCCCCGUCCCCUCCCAUGGCGACGAGGGAGACCGCACGAGAUUCCGACGACGACCUCCCCGCAGAUAUGAUCCCGGAGAUCCUCGCCCACCUCCCUCCCAAGUACCUCCCCGUGGAGAUGAUAGCCGAGAUCCUCGCCCGCCUCCCGCCCAAGUACCUCCUCCGCUCCCGCACCGUCUGCAAGGCCUGGCGCGACCUCGCCACCGAGCCCGACUUCAUCCUCAAGCACCACUCCCACCAGCCAACGCAGCCCCUCAUCACGUCUUACGCUGUUGGCCCGCUCAAGGCCGACUGCCUCGAGGCCGUCGACCUCACCACCAACAAGCGCCGCGUGGUCCUGCGGGUUAUCCAGAGGGUGCCCCGCCCCCUCCCCCUCCACUUCGCCGACCACGGCCGCGACCGGCGCGAGGCACUCAUGGUCCACGAGUGGCGCGACGUCUGCGACGCACUCAUGGUCCACGGGUCGUGCGACGGCCUGCUCCUCCUCAACUUCGGCAAGUCCUUGUUCGUCUGCAACCCUGCCACGCGCCAAGGUGCUCGUCUGCCGCUGCUGCUUCAGGAUGACCUAGAUGUCCUGGGGUUCUACAAGGACGCCGAUUCCGGGGAGUACCGGCUGCUGUACCACCAGGCUGAGCGCCUGGGCCUCUCCUACUACGUGCUCACGGUGGGAUCCUAGCAGGCCAGGAGCAUCGACCUUCGCACGUCGUCGACUGAAUUGGGCGCUUGGCUGGAAAGGGGGCUGAAGAGCUCCUGCACAUCGCCGCCCGUCCUUCUCCAAGGCAGCCUGCACUGGUCGCCGGAACAGAGACAAGGGGGCGCCAUACUGGUGUUCGACCAAGCUGCUGAGUCAUUCAGCCGGAUCUCUCCUCCCGCGGAGGCGAUGCUGAAAAUGGAAGACCACAUGCAGCUGUUUAAGAUGGAGGGCAAGCUUGCCAUGUUCUGCUCGCCCCAAUUUGCAAAGAACUUGGCGAUUUGGUUCAUGGAUGACUACAAGCAGAUGCGAUUUGCAAAGAACUUGGCGAUUUGGUCUGCAAGCACUGGUUUAAGCUGUCCUUCAAGCUUGCUUAUCAACCUAUACCGUUGCCACCUUGUCCGAUUGUCCUGUAUCAAGAGGGGGAUAUGCUGGUGGAAGUUUCCGACAAGCUGUUCCAUUGUGAUAAGAUGGGUAUUUCGCAGGGGGCUGUUGACUGGUCUGCUCGGGGCGUCGC